AUGACUGUUCGAAUUACUUUGUUUUUCUUUCUAGCAGUGAGUGUCACUUCUUUCACUCUCAGAACUCCUGUUCUCCGUCCUUCAAGAGUCUCCAUACCUCAACGACUAAGUCAAGAAAGCGCUGAAAAUAUCGCUCCAGUUAUCGAAAGUGUACCUGAGGAACUUGCCACUUUUGAUGUUGUCGAAUCAAGUGGCGAUGCCCUAAACGAAGGGACGCAGUCCAAUGAAGUGAUCGGAGACGCUGCUAAAGCUGAGCGUCACACCAUCUACAUUGGUAAUUUGCCCUACUCUACAACUGUUAGGGAUGUCAGGGCUUUGGUCGAAGACAUUGCCGACGUUCGAUACAUCAAACUUCCUAAAGAUCGCGAAGUCGAUAGAAUCAAGGGCUUUGGUUUCGUCGACGUUGCAUCUGCAGAUGACGUUCUAAAGAUUGUUGAUGCCCUCAACGGAUUUGAAAUGGAAGGCCGGCAGCUCCGAGUCUCCCGUUCCUUGGAAAAGGAUCAAAUACGAAGUACAAAGAGAGAAGUCGUGGGCUCCAAAAAGCUUUACAUCGGAAAUCUCUCUUACAAAUGCACAAAGGAACAUCUAUCCGAAUAUAUUGGAGAAUUCGGACAGCUCACCGAUGUUUUCAUUCCGCAGGAUAACUACGGUAACCCUCGAGGUUUUGCCUUUAUAGCUGUAAAAGACGAAGAUGUUGAAGCUGUGAUCGAGGGAGCAGAUGGUAAAGAGUUCAUGGGACGACCCAUCGCUGUUAACCAUCCUCUCCCACCUGGAGAGAAGUCUCCGAAGAGAAAAGAGCGACCCGGAAGAUUGAAACUUUACGUCGGAAAUCUAGCGUUCUACACAUCCAGCGAAACACUUUCAGAAGUCUUCAGUGAGUUCGGGGAUGUUUUCGAUGUCUAUAUUCCAAGGGAUAUCGAAACAGACAGGGCUCGUGGAUUUGGAUUUGUUUCAAUGGGUUCUGAAGCAGGCAACGCUGCAAUCGAUGCACUCGAUGGGUGCGAGCUUGAUGGUCGAAUCAUCAGUGUCAACGCUGCCAAACCCCGGGAAGAGAAGCAAAAUUCCGAUUCAGAUAGUGAACAAGAUGAACAGAGCAAUUAA